AUGAGGUCUCUCAGCCCCCUAGGGGUUUUCGUCUACUUGGUCACAACCUCGUAUGGCUCCUCUGUGCCUUCGUGCACAAUCACGGAAACCUCUUCUUGCACUCCGUCCACCAGCUAUGGCGUCAACAAUGCUGGAAUGACCACCGCGACCUUUACCACCCCAGCAUGCUCUAUGAUUACCGCCUGCAGUGGUAGUGACAUGCCUGCCCCGGGAGCAGUGAAGCCCCGGGGGAGGCAGCAUCAGACGGAGAUUGCUAUCUGUUCCCCGUACAAACUGCGGAUAGCAAGCGCGCGGUCGAUAACAGCCGAGGGCCCGGCACUUUGGGAUCAAUUGAAAGGCGCAUAUAUCGUCCCACUCAAGGAGGACCAAUGCGCUGUCCCGGAGUUGACUGUAUUCCCCGACUGGGAUAAAUUAACUAAAAAAACACAUUUCGAUGAGAAGAAGAGCAAAUACGGCGCGAUGGGAACAAAUAAUCCUCCAUACGUGACUACUGAGCAUGUCUACGAAUUGCAAAUUUUGCCGGCUUUCCUGGUUUCGCUGAUCGAGAACAACAAAAUCUCCUGUGAAGACCUCAACGACAAGUUAUUCCCCCCAGGCUCUGAUGACAACUUGGCACAAGAUCUCUUUAAUCAGCUCCCUAGCUGGGAUCACCCGGAAUUUAUCGUACUCGAUAAUUUGGUCAACGAUUGGAAGGGCAAUAUGUUCGGCGGAGAGCUUUCUCAGCGUGGAAAGCUCAAAGAAAAGAUCAAGGGACUCUACCACGUUGCGAUGGUCUAUGAUAUGCUGAACAUGGAAGAUGUCUACACCAAGUUCAAGACAACCAACGCACGCAUCUACAAAUACCUACGCGAUGAGUUUGAUGGUCCUCCUAACAGUGACUGUCCGGGACUGGCUCCACAAGGUGGAUGGGCGCCUGCGUAUUCAAGUUUCAUGGAAAGCUAUGUUCCAUCCCGGUUGAACCACGCAUCGAAUGUCAUGUCUAUCAGAUACUCCUCGGCAACUGAAAACAAAAAGGCCACCCCUGAGGAGACUGCUGCUUUGAGCCAACUGACGAAAAGAUAUCCGAUUGCUUCAUGGACUGCGGACAUGAGUAACUUGUUAUCCUGGCCAGCUAAGCAUGGGGCGACGCAAGCAGCGUAUACUCCCGCUCCAACUGCAACCGCAGCAGCGAAAUGA